AUGAAUGAAGAAAAACGAUUUACGUGGCAAAAAUUCGUUUCUUUUUUUCAAUCGUCAGGACCACUUCAUCCUUAUCGUCUUUACUCAAAUGAAGAUUAUUCAAAAUUACCUAUUGAAUCAAUUUCACCAUUAAGCAACAGCACAGUUGCCUGUGAAUCGGGUCCAGAUGUUGGUUUAGUUGAUAUAGCUCGUCAUCAAAAAAAAGGAAUUUUGAAAGUAAAUAAUACCAUCAAAAUUGCUGGACAAAAUAAUUGGCAAAAGCCCGAUCAACAAUUUGCUUGCGGCCUUUCUACAUCACUCUAUGAUCAUAAUCCAUUUACAGGCGAAGUAAAUGGUGAACCUAUUGCUGAUUGUUUCGCCAUAUGUGCACAAGAAAAUAAUGCGAUUUUAUCAAUUGCCGAUGGCGUCAAUUGGGGAUAUAAGCCACGGCUUGCUGCACGAUGUGCAAUACAUGGUGCGAUGAGUUGUCUCAAUGAAAAACUUUUUGAAAAAAAAUUAAAUACUACAAAAGAUAUAUUCGAACGAAUCAACCUAGCAAUUGAAAGAGCUCAACAGACCAUCGUCGAAAAUGAAGGUUCAUUGACAACGUUAACUAUUAGCAUUGUUUGCCAGUCGAAUCGUCGAUGGUUUGUAUGUUCAGCUAUUGUCGGUGAUUCAAAUGCUUAUGUUUACAGUCCGAAAAGAAAAUCUGUAUUUGAAUUAACACAAGGAUCACGUAAUCUAAAUAAUGAACGUGAUAUGCGUUCACCGGGUGGCGCUUUAGGUAUGACAAUGACUGAAAAAGCUGAUCUAUCUAAUCUUACCUAUUCACUAAUGGAAAUCGAACAAGGUGAUUUUAUUUUUUUAACAAGCGAUGGUGUUAGUGAUAAUUAUGAUCCAUGCGUUAGCGGCUGGGCAGCUAGUAUUAAAACUCCAUCGUUUAUUCGAAAAUCUAGUCAUACCAUAUCGGAAAUACCAUCUACUCUAAUGACUGCUCAGGAACGACAUUUAUAUAGUCUUCAUCGUAUGUAUUUAUCUAUAGCUGUGAAUGAUGAACAAUUGAGUGCACUAGAUAUAUGCAAUCGUUUAUUGCAAUAUGUUAUACGAUUGACUGAUGAACAAAGACAAAUUAUUGAACAAGGUAUACGAGAAAAUCAAGGCGUGCAAGGUGCUGCAAAGGAUAGAUUCGAAAUUGAAAUGCGAGAUAAAAUUAUAAAAAUACCCGGAAAAUUAGAUCAUGCAUCCAUUGUUGUGUAUCAUGUGAGAUGA